CCUCCUUCUGUCUUUUUAUUUUUAUUCAAACAGAUUGAACCUUAUUCUUUAUUUUAAUUCUGUUUAUCCUUGCUUGGACAUGGAGAACGCUGACAUGAGACAACAGAAACUGGACAACCAGGUAAAACACAUGGUUUUUUAUAAUAUUCUAAAGAUGUUCAACAUAUUUUUGGUUUGCUGGACAAGAGAAAUUGAAACAUACUAAAGAACCUAUUUUUUUAAUAUCCUUUUAAUAAGUGCAGAAUAACAAGGGUGGUGGUUUUUACAUUGCACAAUAAGAUGAACUGGGGAUGUACAAUCCAUGAACACGGGGGGCGGGGGGGUAGUCUGACCGCACUCAGUCAGACUUUGAAGACCCCUGGUCAUUCAUCAUUACAGUUGUGUUUUCAUCCUGUGUUCACAGCGAACACUUCUGAUGAAAAAGCAGCAGAAGAAGAGGACUGACACCCAAAUGGUGACGGACACUCGGGACAGUCGCCAGAAGAAAAGAAAGCACAAGCCUAUUGGCUCUGAUGAAACAGUUCUGCUCAUCAGCCAAUCUCUGAGCAGCAUGUCCCUCAGUGGUGAGUGGUCGUGCAGCAUGUUAUUAACUGUUUCAGGAAAGGAUAUGUGAAAAUGUGCACAAAGUAUUCGAGUAACUUGAAAUCUCACAUUUAUUCCUGCAGAUCAAGUGGAGCACGCUCAUGACAACCCUGUGGAUGAAAUCACUCUGGGCGAAUGCAAUCUGACCACAAGCGUCACAUUAGAGGAGCUGCCCGUGGAGAAGCCCUUCUCUCCGAAGAAGAUGGAUUUGGACAUUGAGGAAGACUCUGAGGUAAAGUGUGAAGAAGAUGAGGAGGAGGAUGCUUCUACGCUCACAAUAACGCCAAAGGAUGUGAGGAAGGACCAACCUGAGCACAACAGCGAGGUGGAUCAGAACAGAAAACAAGAUGAAGGUGAGACUGAGGAGAAAAAGACAAAGACGAAGAACAAAGCCAGAGAAUGUGACAGCACACAGAAGACGAACAAGACAACCAGAUCACAGAAAAGAAGGCAGUUAAAGGAGGCUUUGAAUGAAAAGACAGAGAUAGACUCAGGAAGUCCAAAGACAAAACAACAAGACCACAGUGAUGAUGAUGAUGAUGACGACGAGGAAGAAGGUUCUCGUAGGUCUGUCCAUAAAUUGUCUAAAAGGAAAGGACAGUUGGACACAUCCAGAUGCCAAAUAAGUGAUGAAAGUAAAGAUGAAGAAGUUCAGGAAAAGGAGAAAAAGGGGAAAAAGAAAAAGGAAGUAGAGAAAACCACACCGAGUCUGGCAUCGCUGAACUCCAACUAUAGGGAGAAUUCAUCCUCAGAGAGUGAAAGCCAUGAAAGAACAAUGUCUCCGAUGUCUUUGGAGGACCUAGAGAAGUUUGCUUUAUGGCCUGCUCCACGAGACGUUACCAUACAGUGCAGGAUCACAAGAGACAGGAGGGGCAUGGAGAAGGGCAUUUACCCGACCUAUUACCUCCACAUGGAGAAGGAGGAUGGAAAGAGGGUGUUUCUGAUGGCGGGCAGGAAAAGGAAAAAGUGCAAGACAUCCAACUACCUCAUCUCCACAGACCCGACUAAUCUAUCCAGAGACACUAACUGCUAUAUAGGAAAACUAAGGUCAAAUGUCCUGGGAACUAAGUUCACAGUCUAUGAUGAAGGAGAAAACCCUGACAAAAAGCCUUUCAUUAAAGAGUGUGAAUCUGUGCGACAGGAGCUGGCAGCCAUUUGCUACGAAACAAAUGUGUUAGGCUUCAGGGGUCCAAGGAAAAUGACAGUGAUCAUCCCUGGGAUGCUGGAGAAUGACGAAAGAGUCUCAAUCCGGCCAAAGAAUGAGCAGGAAACUCUGCUGACCCGCCACGCUAAUGGCAACACAGACAAACUGGUGACUCUGAUGAACAAAUCUCCGAGCUGGAAUGACCAGACCCAGUCUUAUGUGCUGAACUUCCAUGGACGUGUCACCCAGGCCUCAGUCAAGAACUUUCAAAUCAUCCAUCCUGAUAAUGAUGACUACAUAGUGAUGCAGUUUGGCCGAGUCGCAGAGGACGUCUUCUCUAUGGACUACAGUUUCCCCAUGUGUGCCCUCCAAGCUUUUGCCAUCACUCUGUCAUCCUUUGAUGGCAAACUGGCAUGUGAAUGACUAAUACUAGUGUUGCUAACUGUA